AUGACUUAUUCCAACGAUACAGCUCUUGUGAUAGACACAAACUUGACACAUGUGCUCGUUGAGGAAUAUGCCCUGCCGAAAUGGAUCACUUACAUUUUGAUAGGACUUCAUCUUGUCAUCGUAGGUAUCAGCUUGAUUGGAAACGGUAUCAUACUGAUAUAUUUCCUUCUCGUCAAACGUGGCAAGACGAACGCUAACUAUUAUCUAGUGGCGUUGGCAAUGAGUGACCUGCUACUUGUGAUCUGGUGUGAACCGUUCACAGUCUUCAACAACCUGAUCAACUACCACUGGCUAUUCGGAAAGUUCAUGUGUUACAGCGUGAGCUUCAUGCAGACUGCCAGCGUUAUUCAGCGUUCGUGUACACUUGUGGCAUCCUCCGUUGACAGAUAUAUUGCAAUCCGCUGGCCGCUGAGAAAACAGGCGUCCUUGUUGGUAGUCAUCGCAAUCAUCACCGCUAUAUGGUUCUUUUCGUUGAUUCUUUCGGUUCCUGUGGCUAUUUUCACUGACAUCAAGUUAUACAAUGAACUAGACAACUCAUCUGGUAUAUGCAUUGAGGACUGGCCGCAGAAUGGGUUAAGACAGGCUUACAGCAGCUCGCUCUUUAUCGUCACCUACUGUAUUCCGCUUCUCGUCCUAAUCAUAACUUAUGGACAUAUUGUUCUCAUUCUUGAUGUUAAACCACCGGGGGAAGAGUAUGGAAAUUUAAUGAGGAGACGGCGCAUUGUGAAAAGAAAGACAAUAAAAGUAUUUCUCUUAGCAUUCUUUGCAUACGCCUUAUGCUGGCUUCCGAUCCACACAAUCACCAUAGUUGGCGACAUCAAUCCGUUAAUAUACGACAGUAAGCUGGUACAUGUGGUUUGGCUGUUUGCGCAAUGUCUUGCUGUCAGCACUUCCGCCAUCAAUCCGAUGAUUGUGCUCGGCUCGGAAAGGAUGGCGAGAACAGUUGGGCGACGAACAAGCUCUGAAAGAAGGAGUGGCAAUCCGUUCCGCAAAGGGUCUUUCAAUCUUUUGAAAUCCCGAAUGAACAAACGGAGAAGUACACAAGAGACUUGGCAAUAG